UGUCAGCCAAUUCACACAGUUGAAAAAAGUGAGAGAGUGAAUGGUUGGGGCUGAUAAAUGAUGAUUUCCAGUUGAAAUUUUAGUUUUUUUUUGUGUUUCUCUUUCCGAAAUUAAAUCAAUCAAAUGACUCCAACCAACCUUGAUAAACAAAUACGUUGAUUUACGAGUGAAAACAAACGAAAUAAAGAAAAUUUCAAAGUGUUAAUCGACGGUUGUGGCAUUUUAAAGGAGAAAAAAGUGGAAUUUUUUUUUGCAAAAUCAAAGUGUUGUGUUUCUCUGUGGAUCAAACGUAGCCAACAGCGAAUGAGUAAAUGUUUGGGGGCAACAAGGCAACAACAAAUGAUGAUACGCAAAUAAAAUAAAAAUCCAAAUAAAAGAAAAGCGAAAAAGUGAAGAAAUAUUAAUUCCAAAAGUUUUUUUAUUCUUAUCUGAAAAACCCAAGCAGCAACCACAACAUAAAGCCUCUGAUAUUUGCAGAUAAGAAGUGAAAGAAAGAAAAAUAACAAGAUAAUUAAGAAAUUUGCAAGUGUAUGUAAAAGUGAAGUGAAGAAAUUGUUGGUUUUGUUGUGUCUGCAUCAAGAAGUAACAAGAAAGAAAGAAGCAAAAAUACAAGAGCGUCUUGAUGUUUGCCCAGAAAACAAAAGUUGUGAAAUAAACAUCAACGUCAACGUUUUUGUUGUAACAUCCUUCUUUGUUCAACAGCAGCAGCAGCCGCGUAGCUGCUUAUCAGCCAUCUACUAACAAGCUACAAGCUGAAACAUGAGUUCUCGAAACAAAACUGAUGUUAAAAAAUUAUUCGAAUAUUGGUGUGAGGUAUCACGAACUCAUGAUGGCAUUGAACACACAAAUAUUUCGAGACACAGCAAUGGUGGUAGUGGUGGCUAUAGCGGUGCACCAGUGGGCGUAAUAACAGAAAGUUUUCCCGAGAGUUUUCGUGAUGAAAAGACAAUACACGAUAUACCCGCCUUUGCAUUUCCCUGUGAAUUUGAAAGUGAUUCCGUACAGUCAUAUUCAUUUGUACUGACAACAGACGACUCCAAAUGGCGAUUUGGGUUUUGCCGACACGAUCCAAAGACCGAAUCGACAAUGGUCAUUAUCACACUCUUGCCAUGGCAUGACACAUUUUUGAGACUGUUAGGAGUAUUAGCGGAACUAAGAAGAACCGAACCAAAAGAAUUUCAACAAUUUCUAACCGAGGCCUACAACAGUGGAGUACCCGAUGUGGGUAGCCAAUUGAAAUUGGUCUAUAGUCAGGGUCAAAGUCAAUUUAUAUUUGAACGACCCAAGCCAUUUCAGUUGCCUAGUAUACCAGAAAAUCACAACCUUAAUCUAUAUUAUAAUUUUGUGGAUCCAAAGAAUAUGAUAGCCGUAUUUGCAGCCAUGUUGGCUGAGAGACGCAUCAUUUUUACCUCCACACGUUUGGAUCGUUUGUCUUCCUGCAUCCAGGCGGCCAAUGCCUUUCUCUAUCCCAUGGUGUGGCAGCACAUUUUCAUUCCCGUGCUGCCCAUGAAGCUCAAAGAUUAUUUAAGUGCUCCCAUGCCAUAUUUGAUAGGAGUGCCACAUUUGGUAUUGAAAACGAUGACCCCCGAGGAAUUGGGCGAAGUCGUCACCCUUGACUGUGAUACGAAAAUAUUUGACAGCCCAUUCGAUGAUGUGCACGCCAUGCCGAGCGAAAUUGUUUCACAAUUGAAAAAGCAACUUAGCCAUUCACAUCAGCAUAUGGGCGAUCGGGUAUCGAAAAUAUUCCUCGGUGUUCUGGUGCAAUUAAUCGGAGGCUAUCGUGAUGCUGUGGAAUUCCGGGAAACAGGCAAGACGUUUAAUCGUGACAAAUUCAUCGAAUCGAGGCCAUCACAUUUGCGACCGUUUCUAACGAAAAUGAUGGAAUUGCAAAUAUUUCAACAAUUCAUCGAUGAACGUUUGGAAAUGAUGAAUACCGGCUUGGGUUUCUCCGAUGAAUUUGAACAGGAGACGGUACGUUAUGCGGAAAAACUGAAGAAACGUGGCCGCUUCUAUCAGCUCAAGGAGAAGACUAAUCCUGCUGUUAAGACCGCUGUAAAAUCGGUCAAAGAAAGCUCCCGUCUGGCCAAACACGCCUACAAAGAUCUCAAAACGAAAUUACGUGAUAUAACACCACCAAAUCCGUCAUCGUCAUCACAUUUACAUCACAACAACAACAAUUUCCGUUCACAUCUCAAUUCGAAUACACCACACGAUCGCCUGGACGGUGUCAGUGUCGGCAGCAGCGGUUAUGUUACCUCCGCCAGUGGCAAGGAGUCUGCGGGAAAAUCACUGAAAACCUAUUUGGGCCGCCAUUCAGCACCCAGUUCACCCGUGUUUUGCAAACGCAUCGGCAGCUCCUCGGCCGCCGUCUUCCAGUAUGCGCCCAAAGACCAGAUCACCAAUGCUUCGCAACAUUUGCGCCGCGGUCCAACAACACUGGCCAUGUCCAAUUCCAGUACGCACAUACAGUCGAAUGGUUAUGCGAAAUCUUCUCCGAUUUCUUUUAAUCACAAUCAUCAUUUGGCUUCAUCUCCAACCAUUAGUCCGGCGAGUUCGCUAUGUUCGUCGGAAAUGAAUUUGUCACAGGAAUUGCAAAAUCAUCCGCUCUUUAAGUCACCCAUUGUGGAUCGAAGUCUUAAGCCAUGCCAUAGUUUAGAGUCUAAUCAUCGCAUAAAUGCCACAAGAACGGGGGGACCACCUCCAGCUAGGCCACCUCCACCAGCAGCUCAUUUAUUACAGCUCUAUCAGCAGCAGCAGCAAGGGCCGACGCCACAGCAGCAACAACAGCUAACAAGACAGCGUUCGCAGCAGCAGCAACAACAACACAAUACUCCCACUUAUUAUAAUCACCCAUAUGGUUCACAUCCCCAUGUAGAGGGUAAACCACCACCCCACAUAGCCCGACAAGCACAGACUGUCUCCUCCCCCACAGAUCAUGAAAAUUGCAACACCAUGAAUUCCAUUAAAAGCAACAACACCAUCACUACCACCACUACCACCACUUCUACCUCUGUAUCCACCUCAGCAAUAGCCAACAAUCAUCAUCAGCAUCAUUCCCAUCCGCCUCAUAAUGGUGUUGUUGGUGGACCAACCCAUCAGCGACCAUUAACAACAUCCACACCCAACAACAGCAGUCACAAUAGUUUCAUAAAUACCACCGACUCAUCGUAUGACACACCACCGGAUAUGCUAUCACCGCCAGUACCGCCGAGAAGACAACAAGCUGCAACUCUUCCAUACAACACAUCCUCCUCUGUGGCGGCUUUGUCAAUGUUUUGUGACAAUGAAACGAAUGGCGGUGGCGGUGCGACUCCUGGCCCUGGAGGCAGUAUAAAUGCCCUAACACAGGCCGUGGCAGCAACAGCAGCCGCCGUUACCGCUGGCAUAACACGUUUGGAACGCAACUGCUGGCAAGAUUAUGCAGAAACUCAACUGCUGCAAAAGGACUCAUUGCGUAGCUCAUCAUCGUCUUCGUCAAAUCAAUCGAAUCUAUCGACAUCAUCCUCAUCGAGUGCUUCUUUUGUAACGGCCGCAUCACGUUUCUCACUCUAUCAAUCAUCGCCGCCGCAACACCAGAGCGUGGGUGGUGGUGGUGGCGGUUGUGAACCACCAAUACCGGCGCCACGUCUUAAGAAAGACAAGGAGAAAGAGUCCCUACGUUCUCUGCAGCCCCAACAUAUGACACUGGGCCUCAAUGACACAACGACAACCACCGUUGCUAGCGCUAACACGAGCACCGAUGCCGGUUCUCAUUCCACCAAUGCUUCCGAAGAAUCCAUGAAAGAUCUAAUAUCGCUGGACGAUAGUCACAAUAGUAGCUUCGAUUUGGAGGAUUUCGAUCCACUGAAUCAGAAUGCUCGUCCCUUGCCCACGCUUGGCAAAGCAAUGAAUAGUCAACGCAAUAAAUCCACAACAUUGCCAGCCACUGCUAGUAGAACACCGCCAGCUUCCUUUAUAACAGCGGCCAAUAAUAGUAUAAGUAAUCCCCUGUACACAUUUUAUACACCCCAGCAUAUGGCCACAUCUGUGACGGGACAGCCAUUGCAAUCACAGCAUGCUCCGCUGACAAGGGCGCCAGGAGCCAUAAUGCAGCAGCAUCAACAGCUUCAGCGGCCACAACAACAACCUCCAACACCCCCAUCCGAAAUUCCACCACCUUUACCCAAAUCGGUACCACCUCCCAUGCCACCGCCCGAUGAAGAUUUUGAAUUGUUACGUAAAUAUGGUCUUGAUCAAUUCACUUUAAUUACGACUUCUGUAACAGCGACCAGCACCAGCGGCACAACCAUGGCCGGUACGACAUCAUCCCAGCAGAAUGGCCUUACAACGACGGGUAUGCAGAAUUGGACCACGUUUGAUUGAAUUGGCCGAGGAGUAACAAAAAAAAAAGCAGCAGCAUAAAACCAAAAUUGUUGUUGUUUUUAUAAAUCUAUGAUAUUCAAUGUAAAUAUUUUAUAGAAACAAAUAAAAAUGUAAAAAAGAAAAAUAUUAGAAGAGAGUGUGAUGCUUCUGCUUCCCCGUCUGUAGACCCUCAAUAAAAUUGUGUAAAAUAUAAAAAAA